AUGCCAGCCGAAGACAUGCAAGACUACCUGAAGACAUCCUACAGCACAGACCGCAUCGAGAGCGAGAUUACAGAUACCCAGACCUUCCUUUUCUACACAGCGCGUGACAACCAGACCCAUAAGCUGCUCGGAUUCGUGCAGCUCAAUCGAGCGUCGGAAGAACCAUGUCUGCAGAUCAAACCACCACACACGAUCGAGCUGCAGCGUAUAUAUACCGACUCGAAAGCGCACAGUCGCGGCGUUGGAUCCAAACUCAUGGCCAAAGCGCUUGAAUACUCCAUCGAUCAAGGAUACAAGGCAAUAUGGUUGGGUGUAUGGGAGGAGAAUCUCAAAGCUCAAAAGUUCUACCUGGAAAGGCAUCAUUUCGACAAGGUGGGAGAGCACGAUUUCACCAUAGGAAGCUGCGUUCAGACCGACUGGAUCUUGGAGCGCCACCUAUGA